CGUUGGCUCGCCUGAUAUGCCCAAACCGAAGAGAAAACUCAGAGGAUCAGCAGUAGCGUCUGCGGCCGCAACGAUCGAGACGUGACGCAUGGGAGCCGAGGCUAUCCAUGAGCCGCCGGCGGUGCUUCUCGUGCCGUUCCCGGCGCAGGGUCACGUCACGCCCAUGCUGCACCUGGCCCGCGCCCUCGCCGCGCACGGCGUCGCGGCGACGGUCGCCGUGCCGGACUUCAUCCACCGCCGCAUCGCUGCCGCCGGCGGCGGACGCGCGAGGGACGAGCUCGACGGCGGCGUGGGGCUCGCCUCCAUCCCGAGCGGCAUCGCCCUCCCGGAAGGUGGUGGAGCCGGCAGGGACGCCGACCCGCCGGGGUUCGGAGCCAUCGUGCACGCCAUGGAGCACCACAUGCCCGCGCACCUGGAGCGCAUGCUGCAGCCGACGGGGCGCCGCCACCGCCGCGUCGCGUGGCUCGUCGUCGACGUGCUGGCCUCCUGGGCCGUCCCCGUGGCGGAGCGGUGCGGCGUCCCGGCGGCCGGGUUCUGGCCGGCCAUGCUCGCCAGCUACCGCGCCGUCGCCGCCAUCCCGGAGCUCCUCGGCAGGGGCGUCAUCUCGGAGUCCGGUACCCCUGCUGUCUCGUCGAAUCAUCCCGACAACGAUGGUGGCCAGGAGGAGGAGCAGCAGCAGCCGGCGAUUCGAGGCAUGCGCAUCCUGCCGGCGGAGCUCGAGCUGAGCACCAAGGAGCUCCCAUGGCUCGUGGGCGACUCGGCUACCCAGAGAUCGAGGUUCGCCUUCUGGCUCCAGACGUUGCACCGCGCGAGGGGCUUCCGCACGGUCCUCGUCAACUCCUUCCCCGGCGAGGCCGCCUCUGCCGCCGCCGCCGAGGUCGACGACGACGACGACGGGAAACCGGUGCGGCAGGGCCCGCGUGUUCUUCCCGUCGGGCCUCUGCUAGCCGGCGGCAACGUGGAGCGCGCGAAAGGCGGCGUCGCGGCGGCGAACGAUGAUAACACGCAGCAGCCGUGCAGCAAGAACCCGAGCAUGUGGCAGGCGGACUCGACGUGCAUCCGGUGGCUGGACGCGCAGCCCGCGGCGUCGGUGGUGUACGUCUCCUUCGGCAGCUGGGUCGGGCCGAUCGGCCACGACAAGAUCCGGGAGCUCGCGCUCGGGCUGGAGGCCACCGGCCGGCCGUUCCUGUGGGCGCUCAAGGACGACCCGUCGUGGCGCGCGGGCCUCCCCGGCGGCUACGCCGGCAGGGUCGCCGGCCGCGGCAAGCUGGUGGAGUGGGCGCCGCAGGACGAGGUGCUCCGGCACGCCGCCGUCGGGUGCUACCUCACGCACUGCGGCUGGAACUCCACCGUGGAGGCCAUCCAGCACGGCGUCCGCAUGCUGUGCCACCCCGUCGCCGGCGACCAGUUCAUCAACUGCGCGUACAUCACGAGGGUCUGGAAGGUCGGGCUCAGGCUCGGCAGCGUGAGCCAGGAUGGCGUCAAGAGCUGCAUCGAGAGGGUCAUGGAAGGCGCGGAGGGCGCGCGUUUGCAGGAGAAGAUGAACACGCUGAGGCAGCGAGUCGUGACGGCCGAGGCGAGACGCAUGGCGCAGCGCAACGUCAAGUCAUUCGUGAGCGAAAUUAUGAGAGACUACCCGUCGCUCAUGCAGAUGUACACUAUAUUGUAGGAUCGGUAUUAUGCUUAAGCUGGUGCAAUAUACAUAUGUACAUUAUUAGAUGUGCAUUAUUAAUUAAAAUAUUCCUCUUCGCCGUUUAUAAGUGCCUGUUGAAAAGGAAUCCU